GAUAUUUUUGCGCGCUCCGCAGUUGUGAUCGACAAGUACUCGGUCUUUGAGGCGGUUACGCUGGAAUCGACACAAGCCUCAGGGCUAAGGCCACCUCCUUUCUUCUUUCUUAGCUUCAAUCUUCAGUGGCGCUUCAGAUAUUUUCAGUGGAGAAAGGACAGUGAAGGAUGGGAGUGAAUUCCCUUGCUCAAACAGCAAUUUUGGGACUAUUACUUGCGGGUGAUGAGAAAUUAGGGUUUUUCCUGAGCUGGUCUGAGUCUGGGGUUUAAGGAAGAAAUAGGAAAGCUGUUCUUCACAACGAAAGGUAUGGAGAUUGUACCGCAGGUGGAAGAAGAGUGGAGGGAGACGGAGGAAGAAAAGAAUGGGAGUUCUACAUCUAUGAUCAAAAGGGAGCGAUUUAUUCCUCGAAUGCCUCUGAGGAUUUUGUUGGUUGAAGCUGAUGAUUCGACACGGCAGAUUAUCACGGCACUUCUGCUCAAGUGCAGCUACAGAGUUGUUGCAGUUCCUGAUGGCCUAAAGGCAUGGGAGGCACUAAGGGGGAGACCGCAUAACGUAGAUCUCAUCUUAACAGAAGUGGAAUUGCCAUCGAUAUCUGGAUUCGCUCUUCUUACCUUGAUAAUGGAGCAUGAGAUCUGCAAGAACAUUCCUGUUAUAAUGAUGUCCUCAAACGAUUCAAUUAGCAUGGUUUUCAAAUGCAUGACGAGGGGUGCUGCUGAUUUUCUCAUUAAACCUCUUAGGAAGAAUGAACUUCGGAAUUUAUGGCAGCAUGUUUGGAGAAGACAGAGACAAUCUUCAGCUGGUGACAGAAGCCUUGCACAGCGAAAAGUUGAAGCAGUAUCUGAAAACAAUGCAGCGAGUAAUCAGUCAAGUGAUUAUGUUGCUUGCACACAGAAGAAUGAGCUAAGCUGUGGAAAAGGAAGUGAUGCUCAAAGCUCUUGUACAAAGCCAGAUAUGGAAGCUGAGAGUGCAUGCAUGCAAAAUCUGCAGGACUGUUCACAGCCAAUAUGUCGGAGUUUUUCACUUGAACAUGACAACAAAAAAGAAGAGAAAUCAACUAUAUUGGGAUCGGAGGUGACACUGUCAAAUGAAGCUAGUGAUUCGGCUAGAUUUGUUCAAGGAAAAGACCAUGCUUAUGGAGAAAGAAAAACUCAGCCUAAGGAUGUCACACCAGAGAAUCACAGAGAUGAUGCUAAUAUUACUGGUGCGACUCGCGACAACAGUCAUGAAGGGGUAGAAUCUCCUAGUGAAGCCAUUGACUUGAUUGGAGCAUUUGAUAAUCGCCUGAGGUGGAAUUUUGGACACUCACAUAACACUGUUACCAAAGAAGUGUUAUCUAAUGAUAUGAAAACCCUUUCUGGUUCAAAUGAUAAGUUGGGUUGCACUCCUUUAUUGGAGCUUUCCCUGAAAAGAUCCCAUCUGAGUGUCUCGGAAGACCAAGGAACAUAUGAAAGGCAUAAAUUGAACCAUUCAAAUGCAUCGGCUUUUUCACGGUACAAUAACAGCAAAUCUCAGUCUCCUCUUCCACCAUACAAUCAGGAUCCUGGUCAUACUGCUGAUGCUCCUCGAUUGAAUGGUCUAAUUUCUUCGGUUGUUGGUCAAUCUGAUCUGGCUGAAACAGUGCUACCAUGUCAUCAGCGGGUCAUCCCUGCCCCUGUUCCCAUCAGAGGGGUGAAUUUUGACGGUUUAUAUGCCAGCUAUGCUGCUGUAUUGCCACCCAUGUUUUAUUCAGAAUCAGGUCAACUGCCAUUAUGGGGUCAAAGUACAGGCAGCCAGCAAGAACCCACGACUCUUUGCUUGAAUUCGUCUCACCAAUCCAAUCCUGAAACUCAAUAUGAACAGGUUUGCCACUAUCAGGAUCAAAAUGCCGACAGUUCCACCAACCGAACAUUGCAUGAGCAGGCACAUAAUGUUGAAGUUUUGGAGGAUCCAAGCGAUGUUUCCCCACCCACUGGUCAGAGUGCAAAUAGCAGUAUAUGUAAUGGUGCUGGAAGCUACCUUAACAGCAAUGGUUGUGGGAGUGUUUGCAAUGGAAAUAAUGAGAAUAUCACUGCAGUUGUUGCUGCUGGGGCCACUGCAGAAAGCAGGAGUGGUGAAAGUCUCUUUGUCCAUGAUAGAGUUGGAGGGAUGGAUCCUCAUCGCUCAACCCAGAGAGAAGCGGCUCUGAACAAGUUCAGGUUGAAACGGAAAGACAGAUGCUUUGAGAAGAAGGUUCGUUACCAAAGCAGGAAAAAACUUGCGGAGCAGCGUCCCCGAGUGAAAGGACAGUUUGUUCGUCAAGAUCUUCUCUCGGCUGAAAGUAUCAUUACCAUUGACAUGUUUGCUACAUAGCUGGUGGGAAACCUUUCCUUGAUUGGCAAAACCUUUUCCCUUUUUUAGAUAUUGAACUUGAAGACUAAUGAUGAGACAAAGUCGUGCAUCUGUUUUCGUUGUAAAUACAACUCGAUUGACCAACUAAGUGAGAGGUCGACUUCAUGGAUCUUUGUUUUCCAAUCAACUCUGCUAAAAUUCAGACUUAUUAUUAAUUCUAAGCUAUGUAUAUUUUUACUCAAA